AGAUUACCCGGCGUGCCUCAGUUGUUGUUAUCAACAUGGCGGCGGGCGACUCUUGAAGUUUUGUGCGAACGGUGAGCGGCGGUGGCGAUCCGCCGAAGGCAUUCGGGAAGCAAGAAAAAAAAAAAGUUGUGCGCGUAGUGACCCCCGAGGAGUGGUGACCGUUCGGAUUUAACCCCUCGGCCGGAACGCUGGACGCUUAAAUGACCCAUCGGCGAGGCCAGCGCGGACGCACAGAACGGAGAAAACGGAAACAUGAGUGAGCAGUCUGUGGCGUCGGCCCGGGCGGCUGUGCUGGUGUACGAUGACCACAACAAGAAGUGGGUGCCCAGUGGCUCAUCGAGCGGCCUCUCCAAGGUGCACAUCUACCAACACACGGUCAACGGCACCUUCCGCAUCGUGGGCCGGAAGCUGCACGACCAUGAGGUGGUGAUAAACUGUGCCAUCCUCAAGGGCCUCAAGUACAGCCAGGCGACGGGCACGUUCCACCAGUGGCGCGACAACCGCACAGUCUACGGCCUCAACUUCAGCAGUAAAGAUGACGCCGACAACUUUGCCGUUGCCAUGCUGCGGGCCAUCGACAUGCUCAACCAAAACAGUUCGACAGGGCCAAGGGUACAGCAGGCACCGCCUCCAGUACCUCAACAUGCGUCGCAGCCCAUCUACCAGACCAUCGGCAGUGUUGCGCAGCAAGAAGACACAGAUCACCAACGAAACUGGCAAAAUCAGCAACCUGUCCAUUACAUGGCAACAAAUGCAAUGGGCAGUUCCAGCCACCCGGCGACGCCUGCAAGCGGCCCGCCCCAAGCUCCGCCCCCUCCGCAAGCUCCGCCUCAGAUGCCUCAGCAAACCCAGCCCAAUGCUGUCAUGGGGCACCACCGGACAUCGUCUGCGCCGGGAACCAAUGGGGGUGCCCCUCCCCCGCCACCUCCGGGUGGCACUUCAGGCAUGAGUGUGGCAGUGGGUGCCGUAGGGGCCGGGGGGCCUCCGCCUGCUCCGGCGCCGCCCCCGUCGGGAGGCGUGACCUCGGGGGGAGCCCCGCCCCCUCCCCCACCCCCGCCUCCUCCUGGGAGCAGCCAGGGCCGGGAAGAUGACUCGGCGCCCCUGUCCCUCGCGACGGCACUGGCGAACGCGAAGCUCAAGAAGACCUCCAACAAGCAGAUAUACGAAGGCACAGACACGCUGAAGAAGUCGCAAGGGAGCGGGGGAGUGCCCAUGAUGGGCAUGGCCAGCAUGAUGGACGAGAUGAGGGGCACCCUGGCCAAGAGACGAGCACAAGCAGAAAACAGCCAUAGUCAGAGCUUUUUCGAAAUUGAGGAGGCCGAGUCGUCGACAGAUUCGCGGAGAACGUGGGACAAGCAGGGUUCAACCAACGGCAACAGCCCCAGCAAAGUGGCUGGCAGCGGUGCCGAGUCACCAAAGUCGGGACGCGGCCAGCGCAUUGGGUCGCUGGGUGACACGGACGUCAUGAAGGUGAACGGCGUUGACGUGCUCGACAUGGACAAGCUCAAGCAGGAGAUCAUGUCCGAGAUCCGCCGCGAGGUCAGCAAGAUGAAACAGGAAAUCAUUGAGGCUAUCAAGAUCGAACUAAACCGGAGAUAAGGACUCCACACCUUCCGGUCUUCUGUCUGCUGCCAUUCGGUACGGGACUUGAAACGUCGUCGUACGGAUCUCUAUUGCCUCUACAAGUCGCUACCACCAAAAUAUCGAUCAACACGCGAUUGGAGCAACGAGGGAUGAACUGACAUUGUGUGUGCUGAGGAUCACAUUUCUUGUCUUUCUUUUUCACUAUGUUUUUAGUGGAUGACUCUUCGAUUACUUUCUUUUUUCUAAUGUGCGAGAAAUGUAAGAGCUGAAUGUGCAGUGUUGCAUCUCGUUCGUCAUGCAUCUGUGCAUGGCAGCCCCGUCUACCUGUACUCGCAGUACUGUAGCCACCGUACACAGAUGUAAGCUCGCAAUGUGUUGUUCUCAUUCAUCGGGACAUACUUUCACGUCAUUGGCACAGCUUUUAUUGUGAGAGGGCUGCCAGCAUUGGUGUCAUUCUCAGUCCUGUGUUCUCAUUUACACAUUGUUUAGGAUACGCAGAAGGUAUUUGCGCUGUCUACAUAAGUUACGUAGCAGUCCUCUUUGGUUUUACAAAUCUUUCGUUUCUUGCUCCCAGCCUAACUGUAGCUUUGCAAAGGCACCCGAGUGAUAUCGAUCUCUUCCCAUUCUUCGUUCAUUGUUCCGCCUCGUAAAUUAUGAUCGUAGUUUGGGGAUUAGUACUUGCGUUUCUCAGUGUGGUAUUUCCAGAGCACAUUCACUUUCACCAGAGGCACACGUCAGCUUCAACCUCGAAUUUUCAUUUAAAAGCAAAGGUAGCGGCAGGUGCAGAAGAAAAAGGGUCGGCUUGCAAGAGUGCGACGCGUCGACGACCGCCAUAAAGCCUCUACGAUGUUUUCAAGCUAGUUGCUCAGUACUCUGGGUAGUUCGGGGUAUCCUCGCACCACUUCGCGGUAAAGAGGCGCGAAAUUUGUCCCUUCCGUUAACUCAAUGGAAGGGAGUUGUCACAGAGGGUGUUUUCGAGGAGUACCUUUUAGAUUUACUCCCACAGUGGAGGGGAGUUUUCAGGAAGGGUGUUUUCGAGGAGUACCUUUUAGACAGUGUAAGGGAGUUACCACGGAGGGUGUUUUCUUGGAGUACCUUUUAGGUUUACUCCCACGACGGCCCACUUUCUACUUAGUCAUCAGUCCAAUUGGGAGACGCGCGCGUCUUAAGAGCGUUCUUUGCUGGAUUUCGCGCGAUUUCGGGAGGGGCGCAGAAGAAAGUGAGAAAGGACACAGGUACCUUGUAGUAUGCUGUGGGCGGGGUUUUUUAAUUCUUGCCUUACAAACAGAGACGCCUUUUUUAUGGGAUGUGAAAGGCUUUUUUUGUGCAUGUUUGUACUCUUUGGAGGCGAUGUAAUGCUCGGCAGUACUCUGUCCCUCGAUGUCAGUGUCGCAGUUUCGUGUGUGCGGACGUGCAACAAUCCCUGCGUGAGCCAGUAUUGUGUGUACCACUGCGUAAUUGUAGGAUAAAUUGCCGACAGACUUAAUUCCUGCGGGGCUAGAGGGUGACGCGUGGUGGCGCCUUUUUCAUUUGUAUUGCACUCCCCCGUGAAGGACCUCUAAUGUGUCGAGUCUGUGAUGUUUAUAGUGAAGGAGAGUAUGAUUUCUUUGUGCACUUAAAACACAACUUGGUAUUUGCUUUUUGUGUGCGUGGGUGCAUGCAUGUGUGUGUGUGUGUGUGUUAACAUUGUAAUUGAGCUCUCUCGUUUCGCUGGAGCUAGGCGUACAGUUUUGCACGAGAAAUAUUGCAUCAAACUGUUGUCGUUUAUAGUAGUCUUUGCUUUCGAAUACUGUCUGCACGUUUCGUUUUACUUGACCGCUUUUUUUUGUGCCUUUUCACACUGUACACCAUUCUGGGCAGGCAAGUUGUUGGAUGCUGUAUAUGUGGGCGAGGCUCUGUUUAUAAAGACGCGUGGUUGCUUGCUAUGUGUCCAACUGCAACGACAUUCGAUAUUGGUAGUGAUGUGCAGCGCCAGGACGAAGUGCCAGCGUUCGUUUCACAAACAGCAUGUCGUGCAGCACUAAUCAUGAAAUUCGAAGUUACGCAUAUGCAAGUCUGUGAUGCCUGGAAGGGAAAUUUUGGAAUGCACAUCUAUUUGAAUUUGAAAUUUCACAUUUGUUUAGUAUUAACUUGGCAGCGCACUAUUGGCAGAUGCACGUACAAGAGUGCUUGUUGAAAACACCAACAGUAUUUUAACUAAAGAGGCAAAGUCUUCACACGUAGCAAGUAGACUUAUGUGCAACAGUCGCAUUUUUUCCAUAUUCUUUUUUUUUUCUGCAGCAUUUCUUGGGGCAAAUGAAGAAUUUUCUGAUGGAUAAAAGCACAAAUCAUGUAGCGAAAAGCAUGCUGCCUUGUAAUGACACUUUUUUGCGUCUUCGCCGGAGGAUUACUUUUUCUCAUCAGUUUGAGAAGUGUACACCGGCAGAUCUCAAUAACUUUCCCUGUUAGGAAUUCUUAGUUUGAAAUACGGGGUUUUUGUAGCUGUCACACUAGCCUAUGUACAAUCUAUCCCUGCCAGGUUCACCAACAUUGCUGAGAUUUUUAGCGCACCUCAAAUUGUAUGGCGCUGCACAGGGCAUUCCUCUGUCCAACAGUUCUGGGUGAAACUUCAGUUUUUGAAAGUUACGGAAUCGCUCUUGGUGCAUUACAUAUUCGGUGGCAUGAAGUAGGCUUCGGCAAUCGAUAGCUGCGCUGUCUGCUCGAAAUCGUCUGAACUUGUCUCUCGUACGUCGACGUUUGCAGAAAGUGAACUACAGAACGUUUGGCAGCACUGUGGGACCUAUUAACAGCCUCAUUCAACAGCAUCAAGCAUCCUUUGAAUUCAAUCUCUGUGCAUGAUAAAAGAACAGAGAGGAAACCCGCGACUGUUUCUUAGAGAUGUUCUAGAAGCGGCAGUUUCGUUCUUGCGAAUGUGGCCCUGCAGUGUCGGCUCGUUUCUUCCUGGUGCACUCAUUUCAGUUUAUUUCUUGAAAAGACAGUUUUUCUUCAGUCAGUUAUCUCUUGCUGGUCAAGACGAGUGGGGGUAUGGAGUAUCCGUGUGUGUUGUACUGUAAGGUCAAAGGAAUAAGCGAAAAGAGAGAAAGAGUGAAAAGGCGUUACAAGCUCCGUCAAGCUUGACUUUGCUACAGAACAAGUCGUCGUAUACCAGAACUGUGCAAACUGCAUAUUAAAGGUGUGUCCGUCGCAUACUGUUUGUGGAAACACGCAAAAAAAAAAAAUCUUGCGAGCCGAUCUCUCUUUUAUUUCUCUCGUCCAAGUUGUGCUGGUGCUGUACUGUAUCGAAUAUCAAGCCAAAUUUGUACAUAUAAGCGAGCGGGGAAACGCAGUUCUCAAUGUAGUAGUAGCAUAUCUUUUGUUCUUGAAUUUAGUGUUAAGUAUUAUGAUCCCAUCUUUUCUUUUUUCACUUCCCUGUGUUUCUUUAGUAUUGAGAGUUUAGGUAUUGUGUAUUCCUAGAAUGUUUUCUUUUCUGCUUUUUUCUAGCUGCACAGGUCAUACAGGCUGUCGUGUCAUUUGAUGUACGUAUUUUUUUGUUUCGCUGUCGACGAACACGUCAUUGCAGGAAUGCAAAGUUGUAGCCCUAUUGGCCUACCUUCAAAUGUUCCUUUGGGCUUUUAUUUUUCGAAAGGACAAAUGUGUUACGUAAAGUUCUUUUCAUUGCACAGUGCAUCGGGUGGACACCCUUUGGAUAAACUGGCACUUGUCAAUAGGCUUGAACAAUUGUACUAUGCUGUGUUCCGCAACAGCGUUGCAACAUUCUGAAGUUCCUGGUUUUCGCGGUUGCCUGCAUUUUUCCUACUUUUCGUUUUAAUGCCGACCUCGUUUGUUUUUCUGUUUUGUUUAUUGCUUUGUAGUCAAAACUUCACUUUUCCGCACUGUGCAAAAGCAUUAGGUUCUAGUUCUUCGUCAGCUGGAAGCCACGAUUUUGACGUCUCGACUCGCCGGUCUUUGCAAUAUCACGAUGUUCCUGCUAACUGGACGUACCCUGUCUACAUCGAUAUCAAAAAGCUAUUUCUUUGGCAUGGUACAAGAAUCUGUUCUUGAACUUUCCCUCCUUUUUUUUUGUCGUUGUUAAAGUUUGGAAAAAAUUGUCGCGGCACAUCUUGGAUGCAUUUAGUUAAAAUGUUCUGUUACUUUUGUUCGUCUAGUUUGACCAUUUGUUUGUGCUAGUUUUCUCGUCUUUGGGCUCGUUAACUUAUUGUUUGUUGCUCCAGCAGGCGACUUAUUGUACUCUAAAAAAGUUUGGAGGGCAGGCCGGGAGCAUAUUUGGGGCAUCUUUCUGUCACAAUGGCCGUCACCCUAUCUCGCAUGCCUUUUCUGGUGAUACCGCCACGCGCUGGGUCUUCCAGGUCACAAACCGCGUGCACGCUAUCGGUGUGACAGUAUUCCAGAGGUGCAAGCAAGCCAGAUGACGAUCAUUGCUUUGCGACUGAAAGACGUUCCAAAUACGACCUUCUUUUAGAGUGUGUAAUUUUGUAUGCUUAUUAUGAAGAUUGUCUUUUCCUCUAUGUUCGUCUGGAGUGACUAACGUGUUACCUUAAUUUACAUUGUUUCUGGAAGUGUCGCUUUCGUUUAGCUUGCAGUAUAUUUAUUCUAGUUCCCGGUUUAAAGGAUGCGCAUAUCGUGACUCUGUUGGUCACUGUCGCAGAAGAAGGAAUAUAGUUUUUGAGGCAUGCCUACAUUCCUGUUUUUUCAAGAAAUGCUCGUUUUCAAAUACCCGGUUCAUUGAUGGAAGUUUUUUGGACGUAUGACGCGGAGGGCCAGGGUUAUUUUCAAUUUUUUUUAUUAGGCAAGCUUCUUGAUUGCUUUUCUUCCCAGGCUUUUUUGUCCGUUCAAAUAAGUAGUGUACUGCCUUUGUGGUUCUAGGCAUUCUUUGUCACUUUUUCUUUUUUUUGAGAACGAAGAAUGUUUUUAUUGCACGAGUUGUUUGGCGAAGCUCAAUAUCCAACACAUUGUAAUGAGCUUUUUUAUAGUGUGUGUAUGCAGUGUCCUUUCUACUGUAUUAUUGAAACUGAAGCCUGAAUGAAUGCUUUGAAAAUGUCCUCACAGGGACGAAUUAGCGAGUUCUCAGCUUUAGAGGCACGUUUUGGAAUGUUUGCAUUUUGGGACCCCCUUUCAGAUUGACCCGCAAAUCGAAUGUCUUAAAGAAUUGUGCACAUGGGCACAGCUCCUACAAUGUGGGGUGCCAGCGAAGGCUUUUUGACUACUAAAAGAAAGCCAAGUCAUCAUGCUAGACUGUGCGUCAUGCAGAAGUGCAAGUGUCACGACAAGCCGGUGUAAUUAUGAACGUGAUACGUCAAGUUUAUUCUUUGGGUGCAAAUUCAUCUGUUCUGCUGAGUUCACUCUCUGGGUUCAGUUAGAGUUCAUCGGGCAAAACGUGUCGCAGUUUACCGUUUUUCGGCGAUCAACGUCGCAUGCCCGUUGGUUACGUUGCGAGGAUUCGCAGCAUUGCAGUGCAUCAAAUUGUCAGUAAUAUUUAACUCGUUUUUAAUUGCUUCCGAGGCACAAGUAUUUUAGAUUUUUACACCUUGUUGCACUUUGAUGUUGUGCUGUCCCUUUUUAAUUUGCUCGCCUCAUUUGUGCAGAAUCGUCGCGAUGCCAUUCAUCAUUCUAAUGGGUUGGUGUCUCGACUUUUAAACGGUCGACAGAAUUUCGUUCGUUCUGCCAGCUUGCCUGAAGUGCGAGUUUUUUUUUUUCCUUUCUUGCAAUUUUCGUUACUUGUGUGUUGGAUUGUAAAAGAAGUUUCUUUUACUGAACACAUGUGAACAUACAAUACAUAAAGAGUGCGAAUAAACAUUCAAAGAUAUAAAGCUUC